AUGGCACAAGCACCCUACCCCCCGGCGAUGCGAAAGAAGGUCAUCAAAGUCUUGGUCAUCUCCUUGAUUCUCGACCUGAUCUCGUUUACAUUCAUCCUGCCGCUGUUUCCCAAGCUGCUGGAGUUUUACCGGAAUAUUGAAACCGAGUCCUCCAACACCGUGCUGUCUCAAGUGCUGUACGGACUCAACACGUACAAGAACAGCUUUGCAAGGCCGAUCAACGAUAGAUACGACAUUGUCCUACUCGGAGGAGCACUUGGCUCAUUAUUCUCGAUCUGUCAGGCCAUCGCUUCUCCCAUCAUCGGAACCCUCUCCGAUCGCUAUGGUCGACGAACGGCUUUGAUGUGGUCCAUGUGUGGCAACAUCGCCUCGGUGGCUCUCUGGUGUKCUGCAACGGACUUUCGAACUUUCCUGGCCAGUCGGAUUGUUGGCGGUCUGAGUGAAGGAAAUGUUCAGCUUGCAAUGGCUAUUGCCACCGACAUCAGCACUGAUGCAGACCGUGGAAAGACCAUGGCUUUGGUGGGCGUGUGCUUUUCUGUUGCCUUCACUUUUGGACCAGCUCUCGGUGCUUUCUUAGCAAACAUCACCACCGUCGCGGCCAAUCCAUUCGCCACCGCUGCAGGUGUUUCUCUCGCUUUGAUCGUUACCGAGACCAUCUACCUCUACUACGCUCUGCCGGAGACUCACCCUAGGAGUCAGCCAAACGCGGCCGGAUCCACUGGAAAAGAGAAGCUUCCUGUCGUCAAGGGAGAAAGGACCAACUCUCACUUCGUCCUCAACCUGACGCACUUUUCCUUCAUUCUCUUCUUCAGUGGAAUGGAGUUCUCUUUGCCCUUCAUGACCUACGAUCUGUUCUCAUACGCCUCCAAAGAUACUGGAAAGCUUCUCGGAUACAUUGGGCUGGUAGCCAGCUUGCUCCAAGGUGGCGUCACUCGGAGAAUGCACCCGCUUCGUGUUGUGCAGCUGGGCGUCUCCAGUGCAGCAGCUGCAUUCUUUCUCCUGUCAAGAGUGACGACCGAGAAGGAGUUGUACGUUGCUGCGACACUGCUUGCAGUGACCAGCAGUACUGUAGUCACUGGAUUGAACAGUCUGUCCAGCUUCGAGGCCAGUGUGGAUGAUCGUGGCGAGAAGCUCGGAAACCACCGAAGUUUCGGACAAAUUGGUCGUGCUCUGGGCCCGUUGAUCUUCUGCUCGCUCUACUGGUGGGCUGGCAGAGAUCUGGCAUACAUUAUCGGAGGAUCCGGAAUGGUUGCUGUAUGCGGGCUUGUGUUUGGAGGACUCAAGGCUCCCAAAGGCUUGGAGGUGAAGAAGGUCGCCGAAUUGAACGGCAGCGCUAUCAAAGUGACAUGA